GAAACCCAGAUGAAGAUUUAUCGAAUCAAUUGCGAGUUUUUUCUCUCUCAGAUAAAGAAGCCACUUUUAUUAAUAUAGCAAGAUCGGAUAUCACAUUAAGUGCGGAUGAAUGUAAUAGAAGUCUUUUUGGGAAAAUAAUUGGGGACAGAACAACAAGCUGGAUUGGAGUCAAGAGAACAAUGACGAACAUAUGGAGGCUCUCGCAGGAUAUGGAGAUAAAAGAAUUGAGCCCGAAUUACUUCCAGUUCAUCUUUCAAAGCAGAGAAGAUAAAAUGAAGGUGGCCACUGGAAUCAACUGGAGCUUUGAAAAUCAAUAUCUUGUUCUUAAGGAAUGGAGAACAGGCAUCUCAAUUAAGCAUCCAUGUUUUAAUGAGCUUAAUUUAUGGGUCCAAGUAACAAACACCCCAUUGGACUGGUUAAGCACCGAAGUUGGUUUAAAAAUUGGCAAGGCAUUUAAGCAAGUAAAGAAUGUGGUUCUUGCAAGUGCUGGUAACCAUGGAGGAAAAUAUCUGAGACUGUUAGUCACUGUAGAUUUGGAGGAGCCUUUACCUCGAGUUGCUAAUAUCAGGCUGGGAGAACAAACUGCUCAGGUUGGCUUCAAAUAUGAGAAACUCUUAAAUCUCUAUCAUUAUUGUGGUAUGAUUGGCCAUCUAGACCGCAGCUGCUCAAAGAGAAUCUCAGACAUAAACAACAAUUCUCUGAAAGAAGGACAGUAUGGUGAUUUUAUGAAGGUGUCUGAAGGAUUGAAAAGGUUUGAUCCUACAACAUCAGGUUCUAAAGGAACUCCUCACACAGAGUCUCCCAAAGAAAAUGAGCACAUGUCUCAUCCCCAAACAUCCUCCCAACAAGCUGAAACUAGCCAGCAACUCAUCCAUGUUCCUGAUGUCACACCUGCUACUCUCAAUGAAGGUGAUCAAGAUUCAGUUGCAUCUGCUUCUCACUCUCCUGGCAAUCAAGAAGCUCUGGUUGAAUCAUCUCUGCAAAUUGUUGAAUCUUACAAAGCCAAAGCCAUGGAAGUUGAUCCAGAAUCUCCUCACCCUAUCUCAAAUUUCUGCCUUAGUGAAACCCUCCCAUCUCAGACCACUCAACUUGGGCCCUCUACAAUUUCCCAAUUGCGAGAGCUGAAAAAAGCUCACCACCCAAAUUUUCUUUUCCUUUCAGAAACAAAAAAACAAAAAUCAUUUGUUAAAUCUAUUGGCUCUAAGUUAGGUUAUGCAGAUAGGCUUGCUAUUGUUGAUCCUACUGGCCUUAGUGGUGGCCUAGUUCUUUUUUGGGACUCUAAUAUUGUUAUUCAACAAAUCAUUUGUAAAGAAUUUUUUAUUGCUGUUCAUUUCUCUCUUCCUCCUGGCACUCUUCAGUGGGGGCUUUUUGUGUACCUGAAUCCCUGCAGAAUAAUUAGAACAGCUCAAUGGGAGGAAUUAUUGCAGCAAAAGAACACCUGGGGUUCUUGUUGGUUUGCUAUUGGGGAUUGGAAUGAUAUCUGGAAGGCUUCAGACAAACAAGGAGGUAUAGCAAGAAGCACAACAAGUUUGAGACCAUUUAACUCUUUCAUUGAUGGCAUGGAGAUGGAGGAACUUAACAUGAGAGGUUACCCCUUCACCUGGUGCAAUAACAGAGUUCCUGAUGAGCUAGUGGAAGAGCAGCUGGAUAGAGCUUUUGGUUCACUGGAUUGGCACCAGAACUUUCCCAAUGCUUCAGUGACUAAUAUUUUAAGAAGUUCUUCAGAUCACUCAGCCCUUCUCCUAAAUUCUGGGCUACUCUCAGAUUGGAAACAGUCCAGAUUCCAUUUUGAUAAACGGUGGGUCAGCAAAGAUGGAUUUGCAGAUACAGUCAAACAGGCAUGGCUUAUUCCAGUCACAGGAACUCCCUUCUUCAGACUCAAAGAGAAAAUCAAGCACACUAGAAUAGCUCUACUCAAAUGGAGCUCAUCAUUUAGAUCUCAGAACCAAACUGUAAUUGAAGAACUUACCCAUCAGAUGAAUACAUUGAAUGAGGAUAAAAUGGGGAACAAUUGGGUUAUCUGGGAUGAAACAAAGAGAGCUCUCAACAAAGAUCAUAUUCAGGAAGAGCUAUAUUGGCAGCAGAAAUCAAGGCAGAGAUGGCUGAAAGAAGGUGAUGCCAACACCAAGUUUUUUCAUGCAUUCACUCUUCAAAGGAGAAAGCAAAAUGCAAUCACUAGGCUUGUUUCUAAUCAAGGAAGAAUCUUGACUUCCCAGCAAGAUAUUGAAGGCCAUAUUUCAGAAUUCUACUCCAACCUAUUUUCUUCUGAAGUCAGCUGGGGUGGAGAUUCCCUUCUCCACUUAAUCCCUCAAACUAUUUCAGCUGAGAUGAAUGAUGACCUUCUUAAGCCUGUCACAGAGGAAGAAAUAAAGUCAGCUCUUUUCAAUUUGCAUGCUGAUAAAGCUCCUGGAGAGGAAGGGAUGAGCUCCUUUUUUUAUCAACACUUCUGGGAGCUG